AUGCUCUCAUCAACACGUUUCCAAGCCAGAGCCCUUCGGCAAGUCAUCUCGAAGCAGCCAUCUCACUCAAUUAGCACUUCUGCCGCCAAAUCACGCCUCAUUACUCCCUCAACACAACUAACUGCCAAGUCUCUGACAACCUUCAACUCUUCUACGCCUCGCUCGGCAUCUUUUGCUACCAGUGCCGAAGCAACUGCGGAGCCAGUGAACACAAACUUUGCUGCGGUUGCAACAGGCGGAAUUCCCUACCCCGGCAUUCCCAAGAUUGAGGACCCGUAUAAGAAGCGCCAAUGGCAACUUGAACAUAUGGCGGGCGCCUUUCGUGUAUUUGCCCGUAUGGGAUUCACCGAAGGAGCAGCGGGACAUAUCAGUGUGAGAGAUCCCGUUGACCGUAAUACAUUUUGGAUUAACCCAAUGGGAGUUCACUUUGGUAUGCUCAAAGCAAGUGACAUGGUUCACAUCAACGAAUAUGGCCAAGUUAUCGGCGGUAAUCGUGUAGCUGUCAAUGCAGCUGGUUUCACAAUCCACUCAGCUAUUCACAAAGCCAGACCCGAUGUUGACGCUGCAUGCCACGCGCACUCUAAAUACGGCAAGGCAUGGUCGACUUUCGGCAAGCCUCUCGACAUGAUCAGCCAAGACGCAUGCAUCUUUUACAAGGACCACAGCGUAUACUCCGACUUUGGGGGCGUUGUCUUUGAGGACGACGAGGGCGCUCGCAUAGCUCAAGCUCUGGGCCCCAAGAACCGAUCAGUUAUUCUCCAAAACCAUGGCUUGUUGACAGCUGGAGGAACUGUUGAUGAAGCAGCGUAUUUAUUCUCCCUCAUGGAGAGGACGUGUGAGGUUCAGCUCUUGGUUGAGAGUACCGGAUUGCCCAGGAACACUAUCAGCGAUGAGGCCGCCGAGUAUACGUAUCGAUAUAAUGCUGACCCGAAUACGUUAUAUACAGAGUUCCAGCCUGACUUCGAGUAUGAAGUUUGGAAAUCCAAUGGAGAGCUUCAGUCUGGGGUCAAUUAA